AUGCGACGAACGGUCUUGGUGCCCACAUUAGUUAGCUUCGCUGCUUGCUUCGGAAUAAUUGCUAUCACCAUAUCUACUUAUCAAGAAAUGAGCGUAACUCCACAAGCUCAUCGCCGUGUCCCCCGAGCAGCUAGUUAUGCAGAGUGCUUGAAAAGAAAACUCGCUGCUAACGAGUCUUCAGAGCAGUUUCCUCCUGAUCUUUUCACACUGGAGCAGCGACGGCAUGGCGCUAUUAUUUUACAUCUCGGCGGACUCGUCUAUAUGUUUGUGGCAUUAGCCGUUGUAUGCGAUGAAUUCUUCGUACCAAGUCUUGCAGUUCUCAUUGAUGUUCUAGACAUAUCUGAGGACGUUGCUGGUGCUACGUUCAUGGCAGCUGGUGGAUCAGCGCCUGAAGAUAUGACAUUCUACAUAGUAGCUCUGUUAUUUCUGGUGAUAUUUUUCUCUGAUGAAAAGAUUUCAUGGAAUGAAGCACUUACAAUGUUCUUGAUUUACAUCAUCUAUGGCAUAUUUAUGAAGUAUAACACGCAAGUGGAAAUGGCGGUGAAAGCACUUUUAAAGGGGAAUCGAACUUCAUCGCAAAUGAGCGUGGGUGCUUUUACUUUUGCAUUUUCAAGGGUUUAGUA